AAUACAUAACCUAUAAUUACGUAUUUAUAUUUUUUUGCUAAAUAUCGUAAAAUGACUACUAUUAAUCAAAAAGAAUACCUCAAAAAAUAUUUAGCUAUCGGAAAAGCGCCCGGCGAAAAGAAAAAAAAGAAGAAAAAGGAAAAGAUUGAAGCCAACAGGUUGAAAAUAAUCGAUGAUGAUGUUGACGUACUAAUGUCCAAAGAAAUAGAAGAUGAUAUAUCAACAGCGAAUGAAUAUGCACCUCAAAUUGUUGCGGUAAUUGAUGAAAGACCGCAUUCGUUACAAGUGGAUGAAAAAACCAACAGUAAUCUGUGGCAACCAAUAGGAGGACCUUCCAGAUUAGACAGUGACAUUCAUACGGUAAAAUUAAAUAGUUUUAAAUUAGGUAAACAAGUAAAACAUACUGACAUUAAGAAAUCUGUAUUAAAAGUAACGAAGGAAUCAGUGACUGAAAUUCAUAACAAAAAUACAAGUCAUGAUAAAAAGGACAACUCGACUGUUAUAAAGGUAAGACAAGAGAAUUAUAUCGAUCGUUACUCAAAAAAAAGUGUAAGAGAAAGGUCAAAUUCACCUUUAAGAAAACAUAAGGAUGAUGUCUCACCCCCUAGAAAAACUUACCAAGAAGAAAACUAUUCACCUCCUAGAAGAAAUGAAGAUGACGAUUAUUCUCCUCCCAGAAAAUCAGUCAAAGAUGAUAGUUUGACGUCUAGGAAAAAAGAUAAUGAUUAUUCGCCGCCAAGGAAAAAGCUAACACAGGACUCAUCCUCAAAGAAAACAAGGGAUGAUAUUUCCACUUCAUAUAAUAGAAAUAGAGAAUAUGAUGAUUCACCACCAAGAACUAGAAUUGUAGAUGAUAGUUCAUCUCCAAGAAGAAAAAACGAUGACGAUAAUUCUCCUUUAAGGAAAAGAAUCAAAGAAGAUAAUUCACCUCCGAGAAGAAAAAAUAAUGAAGAUAGUUCUCCAACGAGACGAAGAAAAUAUGAUAAACGAGUAGAAGACGAUUAUUCGCCUCAAAGAAAAAGAUUCAAGGAAGACAGAACACGAAAGGAAAUGGAAUUUUCCCCAAGGAACAGACAUAAGAGCGAUUUUUCUCCUACAGUAGUUAGAGUUAAAUCUGAAGACGGGGACAUUUCCUCCUCAAGAAAAGAUAAAAGAAAAAAAAAAUCACGAUGGAGUAAAGAAGAGUCCCCAGAAUCCUUCCUUGGUGACAAAAUGAAAAAAACUUUGGAUGGAAAACGUGCAGGUCUUCAAAACGCUAAAGAUCUAUCCAAAGAAUCAAAGUAUUUGCGUCAGAAAGAGGACGAGAUCUUUAAUAAAAUGUCAGCUGACAUCUCGGGGAGAAACGCCGCUACAGUGGUAAGAAGUAAGAAGGCUAAAGACCAAGAAGAAGAAGCCGCCAGGGCAAAGCGGGAGCAAGAAAUGAAAGAAAAAUACGAUCGUUGGGGCAAGGGAUUGAAACAAGUUGAGGACCAGAAUCAAAAAAUCGAAGAACAGUUGCACGAAAUGAGUAAACCGUUAGCUAGAUACGCCGACGAUGAAGAUCUUGAGAAAUUUCUUAAAGAGCAAGAACGUGAAGGAGAUCCCAUGUUGAAUUAUAUAAGGAAGAAGAAGAGGAAAGAUAAAGUUGCCGCAGGUAUUCCAGAAAAACCCAUGUAUAUGGGUGAGUUUAUGCCGAAUAGAUUUGGGAUUCGACCUGGGUAUCGCUGGGAUGGCGUAGACAGAUCGAAUGGUUAUGAGAAAAAAUGGUUUCAAGUACAAAACGCAAAAAAGGCCGAUCGAGAAGAGGCGUUUAAAUGGAGUACUGAAGACAUGUAAUUUUAACAUUUAUUCUCAUUGUGUAAAUAUAUGUAUUUUAAUAAAAUAUGUUGUAAUAAUA